AAUAAUCCACAUAGUCUGGUUAUAUGGAAACCACCUUUUGGAGAUCGUCCAAUACAAAAACCUCGCGAGCGUUCCAAUGCAUAUUAUACGUCUACGUCAAAAUAUAACCUCUGCCCCCGGGUUUAUGUAACCUAAUAAAAACCUCCACCAAGACCUAAAACAUCUUACACCCAACGAACCAAUAAAAUCUCAUUACAUCAAAUUUCACUCGAGUCUUAACACCCACCCAUGUCAAUUCAUCAAUCGAACAAUAAUAAUAUUAUUAUCCUCCGUAUCAUUUCUUGACGAAGUCCCUAUGGCAGACUCAAACGUCUCAAAAGACGACCAGGGACGUCCCCUAAAGUGAUAAUAUUUGUAUUUACAUAUAUAAAAAAAAAAAGAGUUGGGUGUCAACAUUGGUCGGCGUUCGAGUCAUUCUUCAGUUCGUUGUGACGUGUCUUGCCUCGUCUAAUUUUCCGAUUACACUUCUCUACGGAUUGCAAAUUAAUAAUUGCCUCCAUAGUGAAAAUACAUUUCGGGUUUGCGGGUGUGCGCGUCUUGCCCGCUCGACACGUACAUUAUAUAGGCGCGGCAGCAUGGUAAAUUUCGCACGGAUGAAAUUGUCGGCGGCGACCGGACGGCUCUUGAAUUUUUUUUUCGCGCGCGCCUCCGCCGCGCCGCCGUUGCCCGGGCGACCACCACACGGGCCGCCGCGGCGGUUGUUCGACGGGCCUGCCGCCGUUGCGUUUCGCCGUCAUUGCCGCCGCCGCCGUCACGGUUGUCGUCGCAGUCGUCGUCACCGCCGCGUAGUGGGUCUCGCGCCGCGCGUCGGAACUGAUCGCCCACCGUCGUGGUGUCGGGUGGUCGUCGCAAGUUAUUCCGAACUUGCCGCGCGUUCACUCCGGAGCUCGCGAAACCACCGCCGCCUUUGACCGUUAUCGUGGAUGUGUGUCCUCCCCCCUCCCUUAUCAACUUUAGUUACACAGAGGGUUACGUAAAAAAAAAAUAAAAAAAAUACCCGCUUGCCGUUGACGCGGAUACGGACUGGCGGACACUGCGCGGGACCGGUGCGCGUGGGCCGGCGUAUAAUACGACGUGAUCCUAUUAUAGCAGUCGUGGUAGUAGCGCUAACCCCUUGCGCACGGCCUACAAGAGGGACCACGACGACGGCGGGAGCGGGGGCCGGAUCCGUCGGAGACGCGACAGUGGGCGGCCACGCGGCGACCGUGCAGCCCGGCGUGAAAGACGAUCGGCUUCGAGGACUUGGAGUGGCCGGACGUGUUCGACGACCGGUUCUACGAUGACGACGUGGACGUGCGCUUGGCGCGGCCGCAGCCGCUACGGGCGGCCGCUGCCAUGGUGAACAGUGGUGCCGGCCGCACCGCUCUCGCUGGCACCGGGCACUACCAUCACCACUACCAACACCACCACCAUCACCACCUGCAGUCACAGCCGACCGCCAACCUCCUGCACCACCACCACUAUCUGCACCACUACCACCACAACAGCGUGUACUACCGCGGCCGCGCGCACCCGCAGCGCCGGCACAACAUUCACCACCACCUCGCGGACAAAACGUCCUACUAUCACCACAACCAUCACCACCACCGGGGCCAGUCGCCGUCGUCGCCGCCACCACCGUCGUCGCCGUCCACGUCCACCCGGCCGCUCUACAGACGGGUGUACAACUUCAUCCGGCAGGCGUGGACUGGCGUCAAGUUCUCAUUAGAUUCCGAAUUUGAUGAUUUGGAAACACCACCCAGGUACAGACCCGAAAGCGUACAAUACUUUUGCCGGACAACGGGUUUCACGGAAUCGGAAAUCAAAAAAAUUUACCGCAAUUUCAAGACGGAAUGCCCGACCGGACUCAUCAAGGAAGAUGCGUUCCGCGGCAUUUACUCGCAAUUUUUCCCUCAAGGAGCCAACAUAAGUCAAUACGCUCACUAUGUCUUUCAAUCGCUGGACCACGAAAGAAACGGCAUCCUAAACUUUGAGGACAUGGUGCAGGGCCUGUGGACGCUGUCCCGGGGAUCGGUGGACGACAAGCUCCGGUGGGCGUUCACGCUAUAUGACCUGGACGGCGACGGGCAAAUUUGUCGGGACGAGAUGACGCGCGUCGUGACGGCCAUCUACGAACUGAUGGGCAAAUUUGCCGAACCGUGGCUCAAGGACGGCACGACGGUGGCCGCACACGUAGAUUUCGUGUUCCAGAAAAUGGACCUCAAUCGAGAUGGUGUGGUGUCAUUCGACGAGUUCAUGGAAACCUGUAAAAAUGACGAGAACAUCACCCGUGCAAUGAUCUCAAUGUAGACGAGAGACAUCGUAAAUAUAGAUGAUCCGUAUGAUACCAUGGACGUUGUUCGAAAAUAAAAUUAUACCAAAAAAAUUGAUCGGCGACAACGGUGGGACGACGUAAAAUCGGCAGACAUCAUCUGAACGAUGAACAGUAGUGUAUUAUAAUAUGAAAUAUAAUUUUUUGUUUUUUUUAAAACUUUUUUUUUUGAAAUAUUGUAUGAUUAAUUUCAUAUUUAUUCUUUUUUUUCCUCAACGCAAUCUUUCUAAAAAUAUUUUAUAAUUUUAAAACAAACGGAGAAACAUAAUAUUAUAUAGUGUGUUAUAAUAAUAUUAUUAUGUUAUGAUGGGUUCCAUACCAGACAGCCAUAUAAUAUAAUAUCAUAAUAAAUAAUAAUAGGUGUAUAAAACAUUUUCGAAACAAAUUCCGUGCAUACAGGUUAUAGGUGUCAAAACGCCACUCAAUGUGAUUCCACAUGAAAAGCCAUUACAUUCAUUUUUUGUUUUUUUAAUAUACUUCAUAUAAUAACAAUAUGAUAUACAUAUAAUAUAGUAAGUUAUAUUAUAAUAAGAAUAUUGUGUACUAUUUUAUGUACAUCAUUAAUAUAACAAUAUUUAUACGUUACUUAUACACCGUUCACAGACAAAUAUCUCGACUCCGGUGGAACAGGGUAAUAAUAAGAAUAUACAAGAUAAUACUACACACAAUGUAGAAAAACUAUAGACUAGGUACUAUAAUAGGUAAAUAUAUGAUGGGUUUAUCAAGUAGUAUAAAUAAGGUGAUUCAUCAAGCAUGCAGGGUGACUCUUUUUCUUCAAUAAUGCAGUCAAUCAAAAUCUGGAUUUUGGACUUUUUAAAUAUACCUACUUUAAAACCAUUUUCAAAUUUUUGUGAUCAAAUUCUUCAAAUUAUUGUACUAGUUAAGGAUUUUCUGUGGAGAUACAAACUUCUGUUUUUUUAAAUGAAAACCCUUUUUUUUACUGUAAAUUACUUAGCAAAUCAUUUUUAUGAAGAUAUUAAGGUAUAAAAAUCAAAAUUCGAAAGAGUAGUUUUUGAUUUAUUUAACUUUGAGUACUAAGGAUACUAGAUCCAUAAUAACUGGUUUGGAUGAUAGGGUGCUAUGGGGCUUUUAAAGUUAUGGUUAUUUAUUAAUAUUAAUCUUUAAACAUAAGUAUACAAUUUGUAAAAAUGGUUAAGUAUUAUACAUACUAAAUCCAAUAUUACAUCUAUUUUAUAUUUUUGUAAAAUGAUUUUUAAGUACUAUUAUCUUUAGUAUGAAAAUUUUAUUAAAUGAGGCACUACUUGCUCGAAUUUUGAACUAGAUAUAUAAAUAUUUACAAAAAAAAUGAUACACUAAAAACUAGUGAUAAAUAAUGGGGUGAUUCUCAUUUGAAAAACAGAAGUAUCGCCAUAGGUCACUUUAUAAGCAGCACAACAAAUCACAAGCAUUUUUAAAUAUGGUAUUUAUUAAAAAAUUCUAAAAAUUUGAAUUUCUAUAAAUUCAUUAUGAAAGGAAAUAUAUUGAUGGUGGCCAUUCUUGUUGAAUGAUAUUUGACGAAGUGUCGUCCUUAUAAUAAUUAUGCUACCCACACAAUAUUUGUAAAAUAAGCGCGCUUUUUUUUUUCUUAGGAACGACCGCGGACGGAAUGUCGUUCUAUAGGUACGAAGUCUGUUGGGAAUUUGAAACGCAAUGUUUUCUCAAUCAGACGGUGCAGUUGAGUAACAAACUUACUAAAAUAAUAUAAUAUGCACGUCAUAUGAAAUGAUAGGUGCGUUGUAAAUAUAAGCGAAUACAACCAGACAUAUUUUGUACAUUUUUCUUUUCGCCAUUAACCUAACAAAACGAUAUUAUCAUUCCUAUAUUAUUAUUAUUAUUAUUAUAUUAAUUUUGCGUGUUAUCCUAAAAUAUUACCAGGGUUAUUCGUGCAUUGUAAAUACGAUAAAUAAUAUAUUAUAUAGUGUCCCCUUAAACGAUAUCAAACGAGUUUUAUUAUAAAACCAAAUAUUUAAACAUUUAAAAAUAUAAUAUAAUACUUAUAUCAAUUAAUGUGUUUUUAUUUAAAUAUUGGCGUUGUGUCAAUGUUUGCUUACUAUAUUAUUAUUAUAUGUGCCGUCGGAUGUUUGUGAAAAUUAUUUUGAACUGUUCUUUAUUUUUUAAGUUAGAUAAUAAUAUAACAAUAUAAUAAUAUAUAUAUAUAUUUGUGUGUGUGUGUGUUAUUAUAACGUUGUUGUUGUUGUUUUUGUUGUUGUUUUCACAAUUUCGUGUUCAUAUUAUUUAUAUGGUAUAAAUUGGCCCCGGCGGAAAAUGUGUGGUGACCAAGUUUUUUGCGAUAUUACAUUAGAUAAAAUGUAUUAAUACUGCUAUACUAAAUACAGUAUUAUUGCAUGAAAAAAAAUCAAUACCAUACCUACAGUCAAAACAUUAACCACGAAGUGUUAAUAAUGAGUAUCAAGUAAAUUAUAUUAUGUUAUAGGUACGCAUAUUAUACGCACAUAACGGUAGAUAUUUUUUUAUAUCGCUAAUAAUAACCGUUAUCCGAUCGAGAGGAGUGUGUACAACAUAAUAAUAAUAAUAAUAAUAAUAAUAACAUGAAAUAACGGUAUUGUUAACGUAUAAUUAUUAAAAAAUUGAUUCGAGUGGAAAAAAAAAAUUAAAUACCGCUAAAUUGUAACGAAUAAUAAUCAAUUUCGUCGGUGUUGAUGCGACGAUAACGCAAGUGUGAGCACUAAGCAGCUCCAAAUUUGCGUUGAACGUAAUUUUUUUUUUAUAUUAACCGAGUGUUGUAACCCAUGACCUUUUCAACCAUGCCAACUAUCCAGUUUUUUUAAAAAUCUAUAUUGUGUUAUUAUAAUAUAUACUUCACAUGCACCACGCUGAAUCGACGCCAAAGUUUAUUCUGUUCGAAAUCGAUUUCCAUAUAGUCACCUGACGUCGAACGCCAUUUUCGAAACACAGCGGUCGGUGCACCUAUAUAUAUAUUUUUUUGCAACACUACAGAUUAAAAUUAUAUGACGACUAUGCGUUGACCGAACUGAAAACUAUCGUUAGAAAUAGGGUUGGAACUACCGAAAAUUCUUGAGAACGAAAAUAUUCCUAGGAAUUUCUAGAUGGUCGCGGAAACGGGGUCGGGGGUUUUUUUUUAUAGGUAUUUUAUAAUUAUUUUAAGUUGUUUUACGUAUUCAAUUUUUAUGAUAGCCAGUGACUACAACAUUGUAUAGUCAUUGAAUAAAAAUAUAAUGAUUCAUAAAUAAUAGUUGAUAACCGUGAAUUUUCCUAUAUUAGGUACCGUUCAUUCCCGGGACUUCUCGCCAAGUUACGUUACCGGAAAUUUACCAACCCUAGUUACAACGUGAAGGAUAUAAUAUCACUACCUCGCUCUAUAUUAAUUUGACGUGACCUAGUCUCGUUCGCAUUAUAAAUGAUAAUUCUCGAACACAAAUAUUUUUUUAAUCGUAUAUACUUGGUUGGUAUACGUAAUUUAUUUAUGUUGUUUGCUAUUAACUAUUUCGGUCAUGUUUUGUGGUUGCACUUGUAUUAAUGAAAUAAAUAUAUAAUGAGCCACACAGUCCUCGAAUGUCCAACGGUUUUUGUGAGUUGAGGAGGAUUGUUCUACUGUAGAGGGGGUAGGAAAUCAUAUUAAUAAUUAUAGUAGUUGUUACUAUGUAAAUGCUACAUACGCACCUUGAUUUUUGAAAACUAAUCAAACCCAAAACAAACUUUUGAAUUGUUAAAUCGAACCAAAAAAAAAGAAUUUCAGUUGUUAAAACGAUCUCGAAAAAUAAAGUAAUAUUAUAUUCACCUACCUAAACAAUUAUUUUAUUUUAUUUUUUACUGUUCUUCGUCAAAUUCGGUACCAAUUUCGAUUUAAUUAGUUUGAUUUUUAAAUUGAACUUAUAGGCAUAUUAUUUGGUUCGUAUAUUUGCACUUCCCAAUAUUUCAGUUAAACUCAGUGAUCGAACAGUUCGUUACAUCACUCGUUUUCAAUCUAGAAAUUUACUUCGUCGAGUCUCGUCCGUUACAUUCAUAUUAUAAUAUGUACCUAACCAUUCUGCGGAGUAGGAUUGGAGUGAAAAAUGUGUGCAGUUUUAUUCACAUGGCUAUGAAUCAGAAUGUGGCAUUGAGAUUUUAAUGCAAACCAGAUGAACCUCGAUAUUCAACACAAUCGUCUAGUGAGACACUGGAAGGUAUUAUUUUAGUAGUCAAAUGAGUAUAUUUGACGGAAUUUUGGGAGCAUUAUACAGGUUGAUUCAUCUCCCUCUUUUUUUCUUAAUAAUGCAAUUAUUUAAAAACUUAUUUUUGAUAUUUUUAAAAAUGCUAAAAGAUCAUAUUUUCAAAUUCUUGAGAUUUCUUGUACUAAUUAAGGACUAUGGAGUUACAAACUUUUUUUUAAUUAAUGAGUAAUGCGAAUUCUUCUUUUAGCUUGUAAUUAUUUAGUGAAUACAUUUUCUGAAAAUGUUGACGAAGCAGAUUCAAAAUUCAAACUAGUAGUUUUCGUGUUAUUUAACUUUGUGAUCUAAGGAUAACAGGUCCAUAAUAUUGGGGAUAUGAUGGUUUGAAAAUCUUAGUAGUUAAUAAUAUUAAUCCAUUAACAUUAAUAAUUUGAAAAAAUGUCCAAGUACCUAUAAUAAAUACUAGAUUCAAUAUUACAUCCAUUUUAUAUUUUUGUAAAACAAUUUUUAAGGAAUAUUAUCUUUAUUACAAAUAUUAAAAUAACUCAGAAACUAUUUGUUAAAAUCGUUAGUAAGAUAUAUCAACAGUUUCAAAAAAACAUCCGAUAAAAAAUUGUAUGUAAAAAAAGAGGUUCGCAUUUUAAAAACAAAAGUUUGUGUCACCAUUUCUAUAGUACAAAAAAAAAAUCAAGAAUUUGACAAAUGAUAUUUAAGUUUAUUUAAAAAUGUUAAAAAUCAGAAUUUUAAUAAAUUCAUUAAUAAAGGAAAAAUGGGGGUGAGCAUACUUGGUGAAUCGCCGUGCAUAUUAUUAUUAAUAUUAAUUGUAAGUUCUCAUUAUCUUACUAGGUGCACCUGGCUGAAAGCAAUAAUUUUAGCCAGCAUGACUUUUCUAAAACCAAAAUAUAUUAACUGUAAAAAAUAUUAGUACCAAUGUGAAUACGACUAGCUUGUCACCCACGGAAAACCAAACCUUAACAAUUAUUUUUUAUUACAGGUAGAUACUACGUAUUAUUAUGUUUAUAAUAUUAUGGUCGCGUCGUGAGAUUUAUCGUUCUGUAUCGUGUACAACAUAAACCGCUUUAAAAAAAACAAUACAACAAUAAUAAUUAUACUACAGUAUAAUAUGUACUGUAAUAUGUACUAUACAUAUAUUUUGAAUGUAGUUCACACAAAAUCCGUUUUGAAUGAUGCUGUGCGGUGACCGAGUCCAAAAUAUGUUGUCGUUGCCCAAUCAUUUAUUUGUGUUUUCGUAUAAUCUGUGUUUACAUUUUUUCAACAUGAUAUAAGCCUGUCUGAAAUAACGAUAUUUUAACAUCGAUACUUUGUGUAUAAGGAGAGAAUCUGUUACUUAUCUUACUCGAAUAUCAUACUAUAAUAAUAAAAUAUGUAUACACAUAAUAUAAUAUGUAAUAUUGUACUUUAAGUUAAUUAUUGUAAAAAAAAAAAAAACCAUUUAAAAAACGUAUCGUGUUAUUUCUAAUGAAAACAAUAAAAUAUAUUAUAUAACAUUUUCA